GUUAGUUUUUUUUAGGCUGUAUGCAUUUAAUUAUACUUAUAAUUGGUUUUCUUUACCACUCAGUUACGUUGUGUUCAUCACAUUGUCUAUGAAAGUUUUUCACCAUUGGAAUAAGUUAACUUAUUUGUGUUAGCUUUUCUAUGUGUGUGUUUAUGCAAGUCCCUGAAAUAUACUUCACUCCGCACCGCAACAAACAGCAAUGUCUUAUUAGCAGUCAUUUUUUGUUUUUCGUCACUCGCGCUGACGUUCACUUUGUAACUCAGACAACACUAAGCACUACUCAAUGGAUAAACUAGAUAGCGCACUUCGGCAAGAUCUAUUGAAACACGGUUAUGAGGUACGUUCGUCCAGCUGUGCUUCCGUCAUUAAAACAUUGCUUCAAGAUUUAAAUAAUUUCAAAGAGCAAGCCGUAGAUAGAGAUCAUCUUCUGCGACAAAAUGUCGAAUAUUCGCAGAAUGCUAUGCAUUACAAACUACAGCUGGCCGAAAAGGAAGUCGAGCUGACGAGCAUCAAACGAGCAGCCGCUGAGGAAAAGCAGGUUUACGAUGAGCGUAUAGAGUUCUUUGAGAAACAAAUCCAGGGACUUCCCCGAAGCAGUGUCCUGCAACGUGUAUGGGAUACGGAUAUAUCUAAAGAACAUUUGAAUUUGUUGCACUACGCUGAUCGGCAGCUGCACGAGUUACAAGAAACGAAUAGAAAACUUAUCGGUGAUCUCGACAGGCAAUUUCUCCAGACCGGUGUUUUUCUGACGAAAAUAAAAACUCGCGAUAUAGAGAUUCAACGGCUGACUGAGCUAAUUAAGAGCGGUAAAGUAAGAUAUGCGGCAGGCGGAUCCGACGAUGUAAACAAUGCCCCCAGUAGCGGCCUUCAGCUGAGGCUUCUAGAAGAAAAAAAUACUGAACUUCAGCGCACUAUCGAACAACUUCGAGCUAUUCAGAAAUCUGCCGGUGUUAAGUCAAGCACUGCGUCAAUAGUGCCCGAACUCGACCUUCGAAAGCAGCUCGAACUUGCUGAAGCGGCCCGAAAAGAGCUAGCUGUAAAUGUGGACCGUUUGAACUCAAAAUGCACCUCAUUGCAGGGAGUCAUCGCUCAAUAUAAACACGAAAUUAACAUGAUUCGUAUGGAAAGGAAUGACUAUCUCCAUCAACUGCAAGAGCUCCAAAAGGAGUCGGUGGCAGCAUCCAGUUUGAUUGGCAAUCCACAACAACCUCACUACCAUUCACACGAUACCUCGACCCGACCGUUUACAUUAGGUCAGAAACGAAAUGGAUUUCUAGACGAGAACGGUAAUGACGAGAAUUGCAGGACAAAAGAGAUGCCGCACGAUAAAGCAGGCCAUCAGAAAGACACUGCGGGUCAUCGAAGAGAAGGGCACGGCAGUAGAGGUGUGCUGUGUGACGAUAACGGCGAAGAGCUCUCUAACGAAAUGCUUCUGGAAAAAGUCAGCCAGUACGAAACUAAGUUUAGUAGGCUUUCAGAAAAUUUACGCAUGUUCCGUGACGCGAUUACAAAAAAAGAUGUAGAAAUAAUUAACCUACGCGGUCAAGUCGCACUCAUCUCGAGAGCUCAGGAGGACAACGUAAAGCUUCGGAAAGAACUCGCACAUCUAGACGGCAAAUCUCGCGAAUUGAAGGCUGAAAUCUACAAACUCCGUCAGCAAAUUCGCAGCUAUACGACCCAAGCAGCAAAAGCAGCCGAAUUGGCAGCGUCGGGUGAACAACACAAGGGAGCGACAGACGCAACUGCUGCAUCAACUGUGGCUCGGGGCUCAGGAAGGACCGAAGAGAUCCCGUCAGUUCAAGCGCCCCCCCUGGUGUCUGUUGUUAAUAAGGCUACAACAACAACGGCAUCGACUGGGAAACUCAUCGCGGAUACACACGUACCUUUUUCAACCGGGUCAUCAGGCUAUACUCCUGCGAUUGGUCAGCGAGAGCAUGCGGUUGGUUUCCAGGACGCUACAGCUAGCGGAAGUGGGAGCGAAAAUGCGUCGAUGAAAGAUCAGAUCGCGUUACUCACGCACAUCGCCGAGGAAUCCAAGGCCAGAGCCAACCUGGAAGCGUUAAAAAGGAAGCAGGCCGAAAGCAAACUACAACUAUUUGAGCGAAUGCAACAACAACAGCAGGAACAACAACACCAAGAAGAACAGGCUCCGAAGAGAUUUAAAGGAACAAUUCGCAUCGGACAGAUAAACGGCGAAAUUGAACUUAGCCCCAAUGGACUGUAACCUGUAUACUACGCACGUAUUACAGGACGUGGGAAUAACCCUGAAAUCGAAGUGACACGUUAAAAGUGUGAGAGCUCAACUCCUCUCCUGUUACCCUAAUAUAGCCAAUGCGUUUUCUAUUACACAUUCUACUGGUUAUAUGCAUUUUAAUAGCAACAGGAACAUAUGAAAUACACUAGGAAUUAAAUAUCGCGGUUCUCUGCGGAGUUAAAGCAGAGAAUUCUUGCCUUCGGAGAACAACUGCAGCUAAGUGGUGAGUUUACUAUCAGUUGAACCCACUGUGGUGCCAUUUAUUGCAAAGUCUUUAUGGCACUUCGCUCUAGCGGAUAUCGUUAAUGACUGACAUUCAUUCCAGACGCCGCCUAAUGUGCAGGUAAUCGUUUCUAAGUUGCUUCAUCACGGUAUUUCUCAGAAUUAUCCAGCUGGUGAAGAUGAUUGAUACAGUUUAUUCGUAUUUGGUAAAAAUAAUUUUGAGGUUAACAGAAACAUUCGUGCUCUGUCUACUCAAUUAUCUAUAUGCACAGACAUUCUGAAAAAUACCAUAGAUGGGCUCUGAUAAGAUGCUGAAAUACGGAUUUCAUAAUCGGUAUCGUCAAAUGCGUAUUUCGUUCCAGUUUGCAUCAUUGCCGUGUCAGUAUAAUGCAUUUUAUUUGUUAGUCCGGUUUUAGGUUACGGAUAGCUGCUGGUUGAUCGCAAUCCGACGAUAAGUUGGCUAAACUUACUUAUGAUCUCAUUAAUUAACUCAUUAAUCUGAUAAUAAAUACGUGACAUACGUGGAUAAAAACGUUGUCAUUUAUACGUCCUGCCUCUAUUGGGAGUGUACUUUUCUAUUUUGUAAAAUUACGUGCAUCGCGUAAGGCGUUUCAGGGUAGUGUCUAAUGUGACAGCAUAAUAGUUUAAGUUAUGAUUGUAUUAUCUACGGGACUAUCAAAAUUCAGUGUUCCCUUUUACAAAAGGCCAUCAUAGAGAUUCUGCGUACGUAUUUGUUAGGCUAAUUGUAUGAAAUAUAGUCAUUUUUUUCGUUCUCGUCGCAGUUGGAUUUUUCUCCCCACACAUUGCGUUAUCAGGUCGUUUUUCUUUUCGGACACGGUCUAUGGCUGAGUGCUAAGUAGUACGUUUCGUUUUUAUACCGUUGCACUUGAGUAAAGCGUACUAUGAUGAAGUCUUCGUUAGCUACGAUACGGGCGAUGGUGAACACAACUGUAUCCGAAGCAUUUGUGAGUUUGUAUGCAGACAUAUGGGUGUUCAUGUGGCUGUUUCGUAACAAAAGCUUUACGCCCCACUACCAUCACUCGGGAAGAUGUGUCUCAAUGCAGUUUGCCUAAUCAAAAACCAACUCUAGCAACUCAACGUUUUUUGAAUGAAUGCUUUCUACAGGGAUCAGUUAAUGAAGUUCCUACUGGGACUCAUACACAACGUAAGCUUUUCUCUUCUAAGAGCUGGGACUUCGCUAAUGUACAGUAACACAGUAAGUACCAAUUGGGAGAAUAUUUCAAGUGGUUAGUUGUAAUGAUACUCACAGUAAUCAAGCGUAAUCGUGUGUUGAGGUGAAACACAGAUUAACAGCUCUGAUGACAAUAUAUUCCGAGGAGGGCUUGUUGUACCGUAAUUCUAACAAUUGUGUCCUUCAAAUUGUAUUAAUUUUUAGUGUUGGAUUAACGCUGUAAUACAUCCAACUCAGAGUAGCAAUGGUAAAAGUUUGCCCAAUACUGAGAUUGGCGGAGUCAUGUAAGUUGACGUAUAUCUACUCACUAUAAUACCAGUGUUUUAUAAUUGCUGUUCAUCCUACUUAGGUGUAUUUUUUGGCGGGGUCGUGGCCCGUGCCAGUUGGUCGCAGGAAUAGCGUCAUGCGUUUGAAUCAAUUUUUACUAGUUGUAAUAGUAUAAAGCGCUCUAAAGCUAAGACAUUCGAAUAGCAAUCUUACGUAAGCUGUUCGCUUUGCGUCUGAGCCCUGUCAAGCGAAGGUCGGUCGCCGCAGUCAACCGUUUGCAAUAGCACAUAAUUUUCCAAGAGAACCCUCUAUAGUUGAAAUUAACGAUGGACCGGAUUUUUUCCACUUUACUUGGUAACCUUUAACGUAAUGCUUUACGUAAAUUUAUGGGCUGUUUUCCUGCUUCCUGGAUCAUCGUUUGUUGAAGUAAAGCCCCUACGGGGUGUCAUGUCAACGAAAGCACGCUCUCUACUAAACCUAGUCAAAAGGUCGCACCGCGUUAAUGAUGUACCAGCUGCAAGACGCUUUUUUCUAAUCCUUAAAUCUGAUAGGAGUAUACAAUAGAUUAAUUUGGCUUUCUUUUCUAAUAUGCUUUUACGAUAGUACUGACAAGUUUGAUUCGGACUUAUAUUCUUAGCCUGGUACUGUGCGACCAAAAAAAGGCCGAACUAGCGAAACGCGUGAACGUGGAACAACAUUUUUGCUAUCACUAUGGCAGUAGUGCUAUAUAAUGUUACGAUCAUGACUUAUUGGACUAACCAAUAAAUAAAACAUUUCAUCCUCAGUGGUAUGAACAUUGCAGUCUUUAGAAAUAAACAAAUCUCUUACGAUUUGUUGUUUAAAAUCUACAGUUUCCCAGGUUACGUACAGUAAUUUCAAAACUUUGAAUACCUGAUGCGCUCAUGUGGAUUAUUCGCGCUUCCGAGUUAUGGAUCAAAGCAAGGUGUAAACAUGUAUAAUGAAUGGUCAUUUCUUGCUGGGCAAGUCAGUACGUUUGCUAAUUAAAAAAUACUUAUAGUAAUAGAUUGCUUUUUAACUAUGUUGCCUUUCAAGCAUCGUCAGGAUACCCCACGCAUGGUUUCACUGCAAAGGAAAUGUGUAGAUCAAUUGAAGCUUUUAUCUUACUUUAAUUAAGUAAUCUAUGAGUAUCCCAAGUUACUGUUGAUAUAAAGUGAUUAGAAGGUAGCUGGUACGUGAGCCUUCAUAUCGUAUAUGGCAUAUUGUUGUCGUUAUAGAUAAUUAGUGUAUGCAAUUUCAAUUUAAAACAUCAUUAAUUAUAUGCUGUUUAAAAAAUGCAGGAGGCGUAUUUUGGCAUUCGAAUUUAGAUUUUUCGAGACUGAGCGGAGUUUUCCUAUUAAUUCACACCAUGCUACUCUAGUAAAAGCUUGGUUCGAAUUAAUCUCACAUACGACUAUAUUAACAUAUGCGAUACUGUGUAAAUUACAAGCUGUUUUUAAAGUCUUCUUUUUUGAAUGCCGUCUAUCCUUUUUUGUAUCGGAUUAUCCUUCCGCCACAUCUUCUUUCUGUGGCUAUCUGCUUAUAUCAUUUAUAUCAAAUGCCCCAAGAGAAGCUUGCUGUCAGAGUAAUUGUGUUAGUUUAAGCGAGAUCAGCUUCACUAACCGUUUCGAAUUCAAAACAUGAAGAACCAAAAAGACAUAAACGAUAUUCAAUAUGAAAGUUUGAAGGCAGGUCAAGCAGGACCACAAGCGUUAAUUUUGUUGAUGAUCUUGAAAUAUGACCUUUAAAAAAACAGGUGACGUAACAUGGUGGACAUAAGGCAAGUGUAUUAUCUUGAUAUAACAAAGUAUAACUCACGCUGUCUGGGGUAAAACGCAAAAAAGCGACUUGAAUGAUGAAAAUAAUAUAACCCUAUCCCACGAACACGAAUGUGAUGCUGGACUAUUUAAGUUUUAAACGAGUGAAAGUGACUGGAUGAAUUAAUUAUUUUGAAGUGUAUAUGGAGUUUCACAGUAAUCAUUGUAUCUUUUUGUCUGGAAGACAUCACCAUCUUGCUGACGCUGUUUUCUCGCUUGUGGAGCAAUUACUUGAAUUCUCAGUGUGUUAUCUUCAGGGCUUCAUCUUGCAUGCGUCUGCUAGAUUCAUUUUUCAUGCGGCACGAUAUCUGUACAGUCUCUGCACGAUUCCGCUAAUGUUGUCUUGGUAGACUUCAAAUUCCUCUUGAGUUGGGCACUUGAAAUAGAAAUUAUUCCAUAGAAAUGAUGCCCCUUCGUGGCAUAAUGUUGAGAAAUUUGUUAAGGCUAGGUCAAUGAUCCAGGAUACGGACUAAUACGCAGUAUUAUCAGAAAGAGGUAGAUAACAUGUGCUAUAAGUGUUUUCCCAUAUGCAACAUCGGGUCUUUAUAAAGGUGUCUGAAUUUCAUGGUCGCACCACUGCUAAAGAGCGUACAACGAGAGAAUCACUUACCUCAAGUUUUUUUUUCUCAACUAUUUUGCAAUUACUCAAUUUGGUUUGACAGAUUAUGUAUUUAGUCAUGGUAAUGGCGUAGUUUGUAUCGAGUAUGCGCGUUAACUUGACACACACUUAGUAGUCUGGAUUCGAACUUAAGCGUGAACACGGGUCACAUCGUGUUGUAAGCCAACUUUCUGGUGAAAUAGCUAAUAUACCAAAAUUACUAAGUUUAAUUAAAAAGGUAAAAUAAUUUAAGCAUGUAAUAAUGUUCUAGCAUACAGAUUUCUGUUAAAUGUAUAAGUUGCGUACAAAUAUUUACUAAAUAUUGCAGCGACGUUUAGGAAGUGGUAGAAUCUUGUUAUUCGAAGUAAUUGUCGAAAACGAAUGCUUUUUAUAUGAAAUAAAGCACGUUUCUUUGCAAAAACAUUUUGCUAAAUUAUUGUCACACCUGUUAAGAAGAUGCUGUGCCAUUA